CACACACACACACACUGAUGACCCAGCUCGCAGACAGAGCUGCAAAAUGUACCUGUGGUUCACCGUGCUGGCCGGACUGGCUCUGCUGUCCCUCCCGGUCAUCACAACACUUUUCCCGUACUUGGCCGCGGACCUGACGUACAUUCUGCGGAGCCUCAAACUCGGCGCCAGGCUCGUCAAGUACAAGAAAAGCAAGAGUUUCUACAGCAUCCUGGACUGUUUCCUGGACGCGGCCCAAAAACACCCCGAAAAAAUCUUCCUGCGCUUCGAGGGUCGAGACUUUUCUUACGGAGAUGUGGACCAGCGGAGCAACAAGGUGGCCCGAGCCCUGCAGGCUGCAGCCCGGCUGGAGGAGGGGGACACGGUGGCCCUGUUUCUCCCCAACGAGCCCAGCUUCGUGUGGGUCUGGCUCGGCUUGUUCAAACUGGGGUGUCCCGCAGCUCUGCUCAACUUCAACAUCAGGUCCAAGUCUCUGCUGCACUGCUUCUCCUGCUCCGGGGCCAAGGUCAUCAUCACCUGCCCAGAGCUGCAGGACGCUGUGGAGGAGGUUCUACCGACGCUCAGGGAGCAGGGGAUCAGUGUGUAUAUCCUGUCGGACAGCUGCCGUGUCCAGGGCAUAAACUCUUUGUCUGACAAGAUCUCCCAGGCCUCAGAUCAGCCUCUGUCCCGGGACCUCAGAGCCAAUGUCAACAUCAAGAGCACCGCUCUGUACAUCUACACGUCAGGCACCACAGGUUUACCUAAAGCAGCGGUUGUCACCCAUGAGAGGGUGUGGGCCGCCUCCUUCAUCCAGGCAGCGUGUGGGAUCACAGCAGACGACAUCUUCUACAUCAAUCUUCCUCUGUAUCACAGUGCAGGCUUCCUUAUCGGGUUGGCCGGAGCCAUUGAGAGAGGUAUGACCAUUGUUCUGAAGAGAAAGUUCUCUGCCUCUCAGUUCUGGGAAGACUGCCGGAAAUAUAACGUGACGGUAGUGCAGUACAUCGGUGAAACAAUGCGCUACCUCUGCAACACGCCCAAGAAGGACAACGAGAAGAACCACAAAGUGAAGAUCGCCAUCGGAAACGGAAUCCGGGAAGACAUUUGGUCAGAGUUCCUGAAUCGCUUUGGUGAUAUUCAGGUCCGAGAGUUGUACGCUGCCACAGAGGGAAACAUCGGCUUCAUAAACUACACGUCCAAGAUCGGAGCGGUGGGGCGAGUCAAUUUUGUCCACAAGUUCUUCUUCCCCUACACUCUGAUCAAGUUUGACAUUGAGAACGAGGAACCUGUCAGAAACUCUGAGGGUCUGUGCAUCGAAGCAGCCAGAGGUGAGACAGGACUUUUGGUGGGAAAGAUAACUCAGAGGUCUCCCUUUAUUGGAUACGCUGGUAAUCAGCAACAGAACGAGAAGAAGAGGCUCCACAAUGUUUUGAAAAAGGGCGACAUGUACUUCAACACGGGGGAUCUGCUUCGGUUUGACCACGAGAACUUUGUGUACUUCCAGGAUCGAGUCGGUGACACUUUCAGAUGGAAAGGAGAGAACGUUGCCACAUCAGAGGUCGCAGACAAUCUCACAAAGGCUCAUUGCAUUUUUGAGGCAAACGUCUAUGGUGUUGAGGUUAAAGGUCACGAAGGGCGAAUCGGCAUGGCAGCUGUCACUUUGAACGCCGGAGAAGAUUUUGACUGCUCCGACGUCUACAAGCAGGUGGUCGACAACCUCCCAGGAUACGCCAGACCUCGAUUCAUCAGAAUUCAGCCCUGCCUGGAGAUGACGGGGACGUUCAAGAUGAGGAAAGUGAAGUUGGUGCAGGAAGGAUUCGACCCGGCUCAAAUCAAAGAUCCUCUGUACUUCCUGGAUCCUGAGAAAAAGAGUUACGUCCCGCUGACGGAGGAGAUCUACAGAGCGAUAGCGUCGAAAGAUAUCAAACUCUAACAGGGACAUGACCCGUCCUUUACAAAAAAUUGGACAGUUUACUCGUGGACCUUUUUUAAUGCGGUCAACUAAUCUCAGGGGCAGACUGACUUUGAAGCGGUACAUCAUCAUUAUCAUCUGAGACACUUUUAUUUUUAAAUUAACUCAACUACAGUUCAUCUCUGUAAAUGUAUUCUACGACGCUGACAGUCCGAUAUAGAUAUGAUCACUGCUACAGUUGUACUGUUAAUAAUUUAACUUUGUUUUUUGCUUAAAGCUAAUUUUUACUAUUAUCUAAAGCUUUUUGCAUCAGACUGAGGACACUAAUAUUUAAAAAACUAAUUAAGGUCAGCUUUUAUGACUUACUAAACGUAAUUAUAUCACAUAUUGUACAAUCAGUGUGUGUUUAUCACCUUUGUACCGAUGUUACACACAGCCACUAUCUUUGCUCUAUCUAGGUUGUGUGUGUGACCAACACUUAUAUCAGGAAGGUCUGGGUCUCUCGUCCUGUUGUUAAUCUAUAAGCUGCCGCUGUGCUCCUGUAAGCACACAUGUGAACAGAGCAGCUGUAUGAUGUGACGGUGUGACUGACCCUUUGAGAUAAAACUAUACUCAGACUUUGUCACAAGUCUGGUCACACGGCAAACAAGUAAAUGUUCUGGUGUCUCUCUGGUGAUGUCUUAAAAACGACUUUGUUUCUUCCCUUGGAUGUUGGAGUUUGAGGGAGUUUCUCUGUGUUUGAUGGUUUACAGUUAUGGGUCCACUGAUUUCCUUGGGAAUAAUUAAUCUUGAUGAAAACAAUCAGGUAUAUUUAGUGAACUAUCAUCUGUGAGUGUGUACAUGUUCUUGCAGCUUGAUUCAGUUUCAGGGAUAGUUAGGCCUUGACGGACAUAUGUGCUGUGCUGAGUUUGUGACGGGCAUAGUUGAUGUCUCCAUUGUUCAUAUUUUAGUGAUUGUGUCAUUAAACUUUUGAUUCAAGAAAAA